AUGGCAAGAAGAAGAAGCUUGAAUCGUCGUCGUUCACGAGGAUCCCUGAAUAAUUCAGGUGUUCUCAAUGAUGACACCAAUGUCUACAAUGACGAUGAUGAACUCUGGUUCAGACGUCUCCCUGAUGAAUCUAAUAUGUCAAAGUACUUAGGAUCUACGUCUUCCUCCAGGUACUCAAAGUCCAUUUUAAAUCCUGACUCUGGUGUAAUUCAACUUCUGGGUAGUGAUGAAUCCUUUUGGCACCGGUUGGAUGAUAGUGACUCAAAUAUGAUGCCACGGAAAGGGACUCAACCUAGUCCUAAGAAAUCUGUUAGGAAAUCUAACAUUACAAACGAAACACUAACAUCAGAGUCAUCGACAAUCCCUCUACCAAAGCGCAGAAAGCUCUUAGGCUCCAAACCCCGUAAAAGCACCGGAGACGUUUUCUCCCAAGCAUUUGACUCCGAACCAGCCGUUGAAUCCGAGCCAGUACGAGCAUCCAACCGGUACGUCCAAGACCCCCGUCAGUCUUUAUCUCAAAGCGAAAUGAUAGACCGAGGUCACCGUUCAGGCUUCCAGUCAUCAGAAAGCGAGCACGAGCCACGAGCCAAGAGAACUAUAUUCAAGAAACCUCGCCGCGCUAGUUCCGGUAUUUCCCGAGUUUCUCUUUACGAAAAAGUCCUCGACGAAACUGACGUAUCAGCAGUUGGACCUUCUCAGCCUCCCGAGAACCACAGAACCAUCGUCAAGCCUCGUACCACAUUUUCUAACUCACCUCGGUAUAGUUCUCAGAACAAGAACAAUCUAAGCCAACAAAGCAAAAAUGGAGAUGGAACCAUAGAGAGCGACAGUGAUCUUGAUCUAGCGUCUCAACAACGUCCGCGAUUCAGACAACAUCCAGCUCAAUCUGGAGAUCCUUUUGCUAGUAUCAUUAGUGAAACUAGUUCUGAAAAAGAAACGAGCCCUAAUCAGUCCAAAAAAUCAAUAUCAAUAUCAGAAUCUAGAAGAGACGAAAAUUUAAGACCAGAAUUAGAAGAUCAGGAUGAAAAUGAUAAUAAAUCUUUGACUUCAGGAGGAUCUAAAUCUAAUUCAAGAAGCAGUAAUAAUUUUGUACUUCGUGACUCAGCUGGUGAACAUUCUGAUAGAGGCAAAAAUUUACCAAGAACUCGUGCAUCUUCGGUACAUUCUGAUAUUUCGGAAAACAAAUCUUCAACGACUAGCAUCAGUGAAACUUUUAAGUCAAUAGAAAAUCUUCCUUUGGAGGAAGAGAUCAAUAGUCAGGAUUAUGAGCCUAUUGAAGAAGAAGUUAGUGAAGAGCCAAUGGAAACUGAUGCUCCAGAAGAUCAAAUUGUGGAUCCAAGCCAAAGUCAGAAAACUCUUGAAGAAGGUACUAUUGAAGAGGCUUCAGAUUUUACAGCUGAUGAUUUUGAGAAAGAUGAAGAGGUUGUUGAUAAAGAAAAUAGAAAGAGUCUUAAUAAUUUAGAGAAUGCUGAUGUUUCUCAGGGUGAGAAGAGUCCAAAGAAAGGUAGAAAGAGUAGACAAACUUCUGAUGCGAUUAUUGCUAGUCAGCAAGAGAAGGAGGUUUCAAGGGUUGAAUUGAAUGAUAGGCGCAGGACUAGGCAAAGUGAAGGUGAUUCAAUUAGAAAUGGUUCUCAAGUUCGGGGUGAGGUGAAGAAGAAGAGUGUAGGGAAGAAAUCUCAUAGGAGAGUUUCUGAGGUUGAUAAAUUGGCUUCGGAAAUUGAAGCUGAUAAAAGUUUGAGUGGGUCGGCGAGGAAAACGAGGUCUGGAAGAGUUUUGGAGGAUGGAACUCCUGAGAAAAGUUUGGGGAAGAAAUCCCCUGGUAAGGCUAAGGCAAGAAGGUCUAAGGAUAAAGUAAAUGAAGAGGAAGUUGGAGUUAGUUUGACGGAUUCACAGAGGAAGACUAGGUCUGGGAGGGUUUUUAAGGAAAUUUUGAGGGAUGAUAAUGAGUUUGCUGAGCGGUCGAGAAUUAUAGUUGAGGAGGGAAAGAAGGUUCAGAGGAGAAUUUUUGGAGAUUCUGAUGAUGGGGAUGAGGAUGAAGAUGAGGUGGUGAAUAGGAAGAUUAUAGUUCUGAGAGGUAGAGGGAAUGUGAGGUUAGGAGGAAAAGAUCAUAGUCAGAAAAGUUUUGAUGAAAGAGGAGAAGUAGAGAGUCAGGAAGCUGGAAAAAGUUUUAGGGGUGAAGAAGUGGGUUCAGUUGUUGGGGAUUUAGAGGGUGGAGAAGGAAGUAAAGUAGAUGAUCAAGAAGAUGAUCGAGAAGAUGAGGAGGAAGUUAGUCAGGAUAGAAGUAAUCAGGAAGAUAAUGAGGAAAGUCAGGAAGUCGAAAAUCAGGAAGGUACUGAGGAAGUUAGUCGGAAAAAUGGUGAAGAAAUAAGUCCAGAAGUUGAAAAUGAAGAAGAAGAAGAAGAUAUAAGUCUAGCAGUAGAAAAUCAGGAAGUUGAUGAAGAAAUAAGCCUAGUAGAAAAUCAAGAAGAAGAAAUAAGUCGAGAAGUAGAAAAUCAGGAAGGUGAUAAAGAAAUAAGCCUAGAAGUGGAUAAUAAAGGAGAUGAAGAAGAAGAAAAAGAAGAAAUAAGUCAAGGAGUAGAAAAUCAGGAAGGUGAUGAAGAAAUAAGCCUAGAAGUGGAUAAUAAAGAAGAUGAAGAAGAAAUACCUGAAAAAACUCCUCGUAAAAAAAAAGAAAUAAGUAGAAUUGAAAGUACAGACCGUAAAAAAAAUAAAUCAAUUUCUAAACGUAAAUCUAAAUUAGGUUCACCGAAACAUUCUUCAACGCGUUAUUUUAAUAAAGAUAAAAGUUUAGAUGAGCUUGAUAGUGAUGAAAUUGAUGAAGAGUUGGAUAAGUAUGUUAGAAAUACUUCCAAGAUGUCUUCACAAAAUAAAAGUAAACCUAGAGAAAUAAAUCCGACUCCUAGUGACUUACCCUUCCGUGAAAGUGAUUCUGACAAUGAUAAUUUAGGUGAAGUUAAUGAGGCUAUUGAAGAAGCUAGAACAUUAGAAACUGGACCUAGUACGUCAAGAAGGACAGUGAAUAAGGCUGUAGAAUCUAAUAAGUCAGGGUCUAAGCAGCUUCAGAGUAACCAGAGGUCAAUCUUGAGCUUUUUUAGCAACACCACUGCAAGACCGUCUUUGCAUAUCAGUACCAAGCCGCUCGCGUCUUCGGAUUUGUUGAAAGAAGUCGAUGCUAAAAUGAAGGAAAUAAAGAAGCGGCGCGACGAGUCUUUUGCUAAGCAAAUGGAGGAAGAAAUGGCUGUUAUUAAGGCGAAGCCGGUGAAGUUGAUGCCGGUGAAGAAGAAAGUUGGUGUCAGUUUGGUUAAGAAGAAUGUUAAGGCUAAAGAGAUUAAUAAGGCGUUUAUUGUUAAUGGGGUAGUCUAUAGGAAGCCAAGGUUGCCAAGGCCGAAGCACUGGGCCACUGAUAGGCUGUAUAAAUUUUUGUGGAAGAAAAUGGAAGCUAAAUAUGAGCUCCAGACAAGACUCAAGUCGGAAAAAUUUGUCACUGAGCUUGCUAAGGCUGUUGAAGUUAUUAUAAAGAAGAAAGAGUACAAGGAUUACAAAUUUGUGCUGGAAGAACUGAUGAAGAAAAUGGCACGGUUGGGGAUUAUUGUUACGAGGAAGGAUUUUUAUGAUUUUUGCUAUGAUUUUCUGCCGUAUGAGUUCAGGGAGAAGGUCACUCCUAUGCUGCUUCCUGGAGCUGUUCAUCUAGUCCCGUUUGAGCCGCAGAAACUCAAUACACCGAUAUUGGAAGGUUGA